AAACAAGAUUUCAAUUAAAGUGUAAUAAGUCGAAAAAGUGAUCAAGUGAAGGUAUAUUUAUUAAAUGUGCAUUUUUGCGCGUGGAUUAUUUAAAUUUGUUUACACGAAAGCAUGGAGCAAGUUGGUACCUGGAGCGAUGCAUCUGCAAGUGUUUAUUUAUCGGCUUGAUAUUACCCAAAGAUAGAAUUUAAUUAGAAGGGUACUGACGCAUGUUAAUAAUUGCAUUGGCAUGCGUUUUAUCUACAAACUGAUCGCAUGUAUCACGUUUAAAAUUAACGCUUUGGUUUCCAUUAAUAUAAACAUAGGCCAUGACUCACUUACGACAAAGUUGUUUCGCGGGUAACAUAGAUGAAGUGCUAAUUUUGUAUAUAGCUUAUAUGUGGCAGUACUGGGAUAUUAUAGUUCAAAUUGAAUUUUUUAAUACGCUAUGAUAUGAUAAAAGCUAUAUUUUCCUUUCCUUGUAAUUGCCGACGCUGAGUUUUAUAAUUUGUCUACUUUACGUUGUAGUAUUAUGUAAUAGUCCGAGGUAAUUUGUAGCAAUAACAGUAAUUUAAACCAGUUAUUUAUUAUUUCAUUAAACAAGUUUCAGCGUGAAAAUAAUAUAGCCAACAGGUUUUCGAUGCUUUUGUUCUGGAUAUAUAUACUAUUGUUUCUAGUUCAGGGCCAGGCAGCCAUUUAGGAUCACGAAAAAUAUUUUGCAACAUAUUUAUUUAAGCUGCGUAAUUGAAUGAUUCCGAUCACCAGAUUUGUAUAUAGUGUCAGGUAUAGAUAUUUCCACAGAUAACCUAUCUGCAAUAUCUGUAUUAGUACUUAACAAAUUGUAUUUUGGGACUAAAGGCACGCCCAGCCAGCUGUAUGUGGCUAUAAUCCGAUUAAACUAAACAAAUUGAAUGGUUGUAGGCAGUAAAGUUAGAUAAAGUUUUGUGCAAUCCGAAUAUCAAUACCAACAAAUAAUGAACACGUGGAGUAUUGCAAUUCCUAUUCUUUUAUGGGUAUUUUACGUAGAAGGAUGCCGCUACAGGAAAACUGGCAACUCAUUACUCGACAGUAGAAAACAAAUAUCUGCGGACAAUGACGUAGACCAAGAACUCAGCAAUUUCUUUUCAAGCUGUAUGUUUCAGAAAACUGGGAGCGUUUUUCCUUCUUGGAUAAGUGUAGUUGACUUCGUUCUACGGGACACGAGAUGGUUUUCUGCAUCUGAUGAGCAGUUUUGCAAAGAAAAAAUGAGCGGAGAAAUCAAUUCAGUGGAAUGCUGGCAACAUCGUAUGGAUCGACUUGUUCGCAAUGGAUCCGAGCUGUUGUCUCCCGCUAAAGAUUGUGUUGCUGAAUAUUUAUUUGAAUACGAUUUUGUUAAUGGCCGAGCGAAAUUUACAACUCCUUCAACAACGGGAAUAGAAUAUUGCUUGGACGGGACUGAAGAGGAAUACAAUCAGUGCGUGUUCAAUAAGCUGUUGACUACAAGUAACAAGAAAAAGUAUUCGUCUUUAAGAGAUUACCACCAAGGAUCUGUAGAGCAGUUUGUAAAGAACCAUAUUUCUAACUGCAGAAUCAAGAAUGCUCAAAUUCUUGGAAGUCAUGUUUACACAGAAGACUGUACAAUACAUUCUUCUGAAAAUUCUCGACUGUGCAUAUCAACGGUAUUUCAGGAAAUAGUAAAAGCAUCCUCUCCACUCUACGAAGCAACGACAAAAUGUAUUGUACAGUUGUCUCAAAAGUCGGCAGAAAAACCUCCCGAGAAAAUGGCAUCAAACAAAAGAUGUGAUCUGAUAAUCUGCACCCAAGAUCAUCAACACUGCGAUGAGAACAAAGGUGUAUGUAUAUGUGAUUCUGGAUAUAAAUAUAAUUUAGGAAAAUGCAGGCUCAUUUCUAAUAAAACUACAGAGAAUGCAAAUAGCAAAUGCAAUGAUGUUACUUGCGGAGGAGUACACCAACAUUGCGACGAAGAUAAUGGAAAUUGUGUGUGCAAUGAUGGGUAUGAGGAAGUAUCUGGGCAAUGCCAGACCGCCGUAGUCCCAUCUAGCGCUGAUAAGCUUGAUUCUGAAAAUAAAUGCAGUGGUGUGACUUGUGAAGAACCGCACCAGCGCUGUGACGCAGAAGUGGGUGCGUGCGUUUGCGACGUCGGUUUUAAAAACGUUUCAGGAAAGUGCACAGAGGAUAAUAAAGAAACAAAACCUAACGAAAACAAAACGGUUGGGAGAUGUCGCCUGAUAACAUGCAUUGGACUGCAUCAGCACUGUGAUGAAGAAAUGGGGGCGUGCGUUUGUGAUGAGGGGUACAAAUACAUUUCUGAGAAAUGUCAGAAAGUAAAGCACAAUUAUUCAAAAGAUCAUAAUAUGGCAACAUACAAAUGCCAACGCACAAUUUGCGGAAAACAACAUGAACAUUGUAAUGAGAUGGAUGGUACAUGCAUAUGUGAUGAUGGAUAUAAAAAUGUUACAGGACAGUGUGUACCGGUACAGCAGACGUUGAAUGAAGAUGAGACUAUGAAGGAUGUCCAAGAUUCAUUUCCAAUUGAAUCUAUUUUGUUCACACUGUUCGACGAAAAAAAAGAAAAUGCUCGCGUCCGCUACUUAUCGGCCAAUUCAUCAAUGACACAAGUCAUCGACGGCGACCUGGCGAUGAAAACUUUAAUGGACAUGCUUGAUGGAAAAGAUGCUGAUUAUUGGGGAAUGGUUGCAAGUUAUGAAACCGGGAAAAUAUAUUUUAACGAUUACAAGCAAGCUUGCCUCCAUGAGUAUGAUGCACAUAGCAAUAAAAUUGAGGCCAUUGCAAAUGAUUUAACCGGUGGAUUGGAGAACUUGGAGUAUGAUCGAAUAACAAACGUACUAUAUUGGACUGAUUCAAUAGAUAAAACGAUCAUAGCAAUGGAGGGCACAUAUCAACAUUUUACGAAAAUAUAUCAAUCUGAUUCAGUAGCGCCAUAUGGACUGGCAUUACAUACUACAAAGAGGAUGCUAUUUUUCUCUGUGUACAAAUUGGAAAAAGGAUUUAUCUCAGAUUCAGCUUUGGUCAAGUGUGAUCUAGAUGGCGGAAACCAAGAAAGUAUAUUGCAAUUUCCAUAUGUGAUCAGACCACGAAGUCUCGCAAUUGACUAUGCCACAGACAAUAUUUAUUGGACCGACGUGUCAAUGCACGGAGAUUCUCUGGUAAUGAUGAGCAAAUUAGACGGAACUCAAUCGAAAAGCAUAUUUUCAAGGGAAACAGGUUAUUUCUGGGGAAUAGCUAUCUCACAGGAAAAUAUUUACGUCACCAAUACGCUGAACGUCACAACAGACAAAUACGAAACAUACGUCAUACGUAAAGACGGGAGAUCCCAUUCCACCAUCACGACCAAUACUAAACCACGACACGUGUCGGUUUAUGCUUCAAACGAAGUAUCCACGGUACCAGUGAAAAAUGAAUGCGAGUUUAACAAGUGUGAUCACAUAUGUCUUUCGUCGUCGACCGGUGAACAUAGAUGCAUGUGCUCUUCUGGCUUUCAGUUAAAGUUCGGUUCAAUAUGUGAAACAAGUCCUCUCCUGAACGAUUAUUUACUCGUUGCCGAUAUCGGACAAAAGGGUUUAUUUCAAAUACCAUUCGACGACAAAGAAGAGAAUCUAGGAAACAUGACUGCAAUAGAUGUUCACACAACGGAGAAAAUAUACGCGGUUGCCGUGGAUCCAAGCAACGGUGAGAUGGCAUGGUACGACUUGGAAAAAGAAGAAAUUUUCUGGGGACAUAGAAUAUUGUCAUUUGGAGAAGCCGUUUCAAGUAUAGUUAUACAUCCUUGUGAAGAAAAGAUAUAUUGGGCUUCAAUUACGGGAAUAUACUCAUGGGAUGGAAAACGAUCAUUUGCAAUUAAAACUUUAUAUACAUCUUCAGUUUUCACAAACAUGGAAAUUCGAGAAAUUGAGAUCGACUUUUUACGAAGUCGGAUUUACUGGACAGAAUACGAUGCUCUAUUUCAGAAAGGACGGAUUAUGCAAAGUAAUUUAGAUGGAAAGAACAGAAAACGGGUGCUUGACACCAAAAUUGUUAAAGGAAUGACAAUUGACUAUGAAACUGAUACCAUGUACGUUAUGUCAAUGGUUGAUGGCACUAUGUAUUCAAUACAACUGGAUCAAGCCAAUAAACUACCACUGAAUCAAAAUGCAUACAGCGUCACUAAAAUCACACCAUUUUUAAAAGAGGGAACUUUCCUAAUAUUCGACGUUUCUGUUUUCAACGGCUGGGUGUACCUCGCCGACUCUGAAGCUUCACACAUACACCGCUUUGAUCUCAAAAAAGGUCCCUCAUCAAUGGAAUCGCAUGGUCCAUCAGAAUUCUUCUUCGUCCCAACAAUGACUUUUUACAGCGAAGACUAUUUUAAAAACUAUAUAAAAGACAAAUGCCCAACUGACGAGUCGUCAACGAGUCCACCAAAUUACGACAAUGUAGAAGUUGAGACAGGUGACGACGACUGCGAAGAAAUAUUAUUAAACGGAAGUUUUAGUGACUAUCUCGAUUGUAUGUUUGGACUUCUUGAAGCAAUUAUGUAAAUCGCGCUUUCAGUUACAUAUCUCGUUACUGUGAGCAGAAUUGUGGGGAUGUAUAGGUGGUUCAUAUUGCAUGAUAACAAAAAUGAUUGCAAUCCCGAAGUUUGUAUUGUUAUCAAUAUAUAAUUUUCUUAAUUUGUUGAAAAUAAAGAUUGACUUAUUGAAAAAAA